AUGACAGGAUGUUGCCUGCAGAUCACUUCAGCCUGGGGUCGCGUGAUGCGCUAUGCAAUCGAGUACCGGGACGCGCAGAUGCCGGAGCUCCCUUGGAUGGCGGAUUCAGAAUACAGCCGGAUUCAGGCGCAGAUCCAGCACUUCGAAACCAUCUGGCCCGAGGAGCAUCGAUGGGCCAACGUGGGCUUCGUGGAACAAACUAGAGAGCAGGUGCAGGAGUUUCAAGGCUAUUGGUCAUCGUGGCUCUUCAUGCAAUUCGGCUUCCAUUCGUCUCUCGCGCUGCUGAACCAUCCUUUGUUUUCUCUGCACCUGCCGCCUGCGUAUACGAAAAUUCCACUGUCAUUCGCAGAUUCGACGUCGAACCAGGCCCGCUACCAUACCAAGUGGGUUGCAUACUUUGUGCGCCUCAUCGUGGACAAGAAGAUCAAAGUCACGGAUCCAUUUCUGGCAUUCACGGCCGCCAUCGCGGCGAGCAUCAUCUAUUUGAACAGCCGGGUGGACGAGCAGGAGGCCUCUGAGCGGGGGAAGCUGAAUGUAGAGCUGUGUUAUCAUUUUGUGCAGGGCAUGGGAGCGUUGAUGCCUGUGCUUGCAGACCUCGCUCGGAAACUGGCUGCGCUGAUCCAGAACUAUGAGUCUCCGAUCGACACGGAGCUGAUCUGGUCAAUUAUAGAGUACACGAAAACAAUAUCUCCUGGGAGCAGAGACCUCCAGUUUCAGGGGGUUUCAGGGCUAGAGUCAGCGGGCGGAGUAUCAGGCGAGAACGAUAUUCCUCAGAGCGAGAGUUCGACGGGUGGGGCACUGACAUUCCCUCCGCAAGCUUCCAUGGCUCUGAAUCUUGAGCAUAUCAGUUUCCCGACGUUGUAA